AUGACACCAAUAACACACAAUCUAGAGUUAGAACACAGGACCAGAGAUCCAGAAAACGAAGCAAAAAAAAGACCAGCGAAAGACACAGAAGAUUCAUCGGACCAAACUCUUUCCGAGGCUUUCAGGAUUCUCCAGCAGUGCGCUGAACCACAGCCGCCAUGUGACUCAUAUUCGGCAUUUGGACAAUACAUAGCCAACGAAUUGAGAAAAUAUGAUCCAGUGACUCUGGCACAUGUUAAAAAAGAUAUAUGCGGAAUAAUAUUUCAAGCCGACACAGGAGCUUAUCAACAAUAUGGCUAUUAUACACAGAGCUAUGUUUCAUCCUACACCGAUCCGACUUCUCCUUUAACGUUACCUCCUCAACCACCUAUUAGCCCACGUCCUAGCACUCACACUUCAUCUUACACCGAUCCGACGUCUCCCUCACCGUUACCUCCUCAACCACCUAUUAGCCCACUUCCUAGCACUCACACUUCAUCUUACACCGAUCCGACGUCUCCCUCACCGUUACCUCCUCAACCACCUAUUAGCCCACUUCCUAGCAUUCACACUUCAUCUUACACCGAUCCGACGUCUCCCUCACCGUUACCUCCUCAACCACCUAUUAGCCCACUUCCUAGCAUUCACACUUCAUCUUACACCGAUCCGACGUCUCCCUCACCGUUACCUCCUCAACCACCUAUUAGCCCACUUCCUAGCACUCACACUUCAUCUUACACCGAUCCGACGUCUCCCUCACCGUUACCUCCUCAACCACCUAUUAGCCCACUUCCUAGCAUUCACACUUCAUCUUACACCGAUCCGAUGCCACCCUCACCACUACCUUCUCAACCAUCAAGCAAUUCACUUUCUUUUGGGAUUCCUCAUAGAUUCAUGGAAUUCAAAAUAGUAUUACCAAACACACCACCGUCAGAAAUACGACCUUGGCAUCCAAUAUCGCACACUCACACUUCAUCUUACACCGAUCCGACGUCUCCCUCACCGUUACCUCCUCAACCACCUAUUAGCCCACUUCCUAGCAUUCACACUUCAUCUUACACCGAUCCGACGUCUCCCUCACCGUUACCUCCUCAACCACCUAUUAGCCCACUUCCUAGCACUCACACUUCAUCUUACACCGAUCCGACGUCUCCCUCACCGUUACCUCCUCAACCACCUAUUAGCCCACUUCCUAGCAUUCACACUUCAUCUUACACCGAUCCGACGUCUCCCUCACCGUUACCUCCUCAACCACCUAUUAGCCCACUUCCUAGCACUCACACUUCAUCUUACACCGAUCCGACGUCUCCCUCACCGUUACCUCCUCAACCACCUAUUAGCCCACUUCCUAGCAUUCACACUUCAUCUUACACCGAUCCGACGUCUCCCUCACCGUUACCUCCUCAACCACCUAUUAGCCCACUUCCUAGCACUCACACUUCAUCUUACACCGAUCCGACGUCUCCCUCACCGUUACCUCCUCAACCACCUAUUAGCCCACUUCCUAGCAUUCACACUUCAUCUUACACCGAUCCGACGUCUCCCUCACCGUUACCUCCUCAACCACCUAUUAGCCCACUUCCUAGCAUUCACACUUCAUCUUACACCGAUCCGACGUCUCCCUCACCGUUACCUCCUCAACCACCUAUUAGCCCACUUCCUAGCAUUCACACUUCAUCUUACACCGAUCCGACGUCUCCCUCACCGUUACCUCCUCAACCACCUAUUAGCCCACUUCCUAGCAUUCACACUUCAUCUUACACCGAUCCGACGUCUCCCUCACCGUUACCUCCUCAACCACCUAUUAGCCCACUUCCUAGCAUUCACACUUCAUCUUACACCGAUCCGACGUCUCCCUCACCGUUACCUCCUCAACCACCUAUUAGCCCACUUCCUAGCAUUCACACUUCAUCUUACACCGAUCCGAUGCCACCCUCACCACUACCUUCUCAACCAUCAAGUACCCCCUUUCCUAUGACUUCUCCAAUUCAAUCAAAGAUUCCACUUCCCCCUUCUCCUACGAAGACUCCUCAAAAUCCAUCAGAGAUUCCUCCUCUCCCUCUGGCUCCUAAAUAUACUAAAACAUAA